AUGGAAGAUACUUCUUGUUCUUAUGGUAGAGAUGCUUCCCAAUAUACAUUGGAUUAUGGUAAUGGAAUAGAUACACAUGGAGAUCUUAGUGAGGAGACUCUUACAUUGGAUUUUGCCUCUGGCUCUUUUGUCUCGUUUCCUAAAAUUGUUAUAGGAUGUGGACAAAAUAACAGUGAACCAUUGUAUAAUGGUCCAAAUUCUGGUGUAAUUGGCUUUGGAAGUGGAGAUACGUCACUAAUAAAACAAUUAGGAUCUUCAAUUGGCGGAAAAUUCUCAUAUUGUUUAAUUGAAGAGCACACUAGCAAAUCUAAUAGAUCUAGCAAACUCAAUUUUGGAGAUGAUGCUAUUGUUACCGGUGAUAAUGUUGUUUCAACUCCUAUAAUUAAAAUGAUAGGGAACCGCCAGAAAGACUAUUAUUACCUAACUAUGAAAGCAUUUAGUGUGGGAAAUACAAGAAUAAAGUAUAGAGGGUUUAAACGUGAAGGAACAAAUGCUUCCACCCACAACAUCAUAAUUGACUCUGGUACAAAUGUAUGUAUUCUUCCUCAUCGUGUUUACUAUAAGAUGGAAUCAGCUGUGAAAAAAGUGGUUAAAUUACCACAUUUUCAAGAUGACACAGAUACAUUUCGCCUUUGUUACAAUACCACAUCCAAACAAAACUUUCCAUCAAUUACAGCACAUUUUAAAGACGCAUAUGUUAAGUUAGAUUCUAAGGGUGCCUUUUAUUCCCUAUAUAAGGGGGUUGAAUGCUUUGCAUUUAUCCCGUAUAAAAAUGGAUUAGGCCUAUUUGAAAACAUGGCCCAAGUGAAUUAUUUAGUUGGUUAUGACCUCAAUAAGAACAUGGUCUCUUUCAAGUCUACGAAUUGUACCAACUAUUGA